AUGGUUUACGAAAGUGACUUCUACACGACCCGCCGGCCUUACCGGUCGAAUUACAGCGUGACGCGGGCGGGCGACUGGGAGAAGGUGCCGUUCGUCCCGCGGCCGAGUCUCGUCCCGGACCCUGUCACUGCCUUUGGUCGCAAGGCGAGGCCUGGCGCGCGCGUCUCUGUGCUUGACCCGACCGUGCGGCAGAACAUACUGCCCAAGCCUGAGUCGAAGCUUGCGCCCCUAGCGCCCUACGUUUCGCCUCGCGAUCAGACGCGUGCGCGGGUCCUCUCCGCAGUGGGCCAGCGCGAGCGUGCGUACGAAGCCGACCCGCUGGGCACGCCGCGCGACCACAUGGACGUGUUGCUGGCGCAAGCGCACGGCCACCCGCAGCACACGCCGCAUCGACACGUCUUCUACAGUCUAAGGGCGCGGUUGUUGCAGACGCCGCGGCACUACGUGGUGGUGGACCGCGAGCCACUGUCGACAGGUCGACGCGCCGAGGAACAGUACUCGUACUCAUACUCGACUACGGCUGAGCGGUCGACGGGCAGCGGACUGCCGCAACGCAGCUCCUACAGCAGCACCGUGGAGCGGCGCGGCGGCUCUGGCCCCGGCGGCUACUCGUACACGAGCGAGCGGUCGAGCAGCUUGGGCGGCCCCAGCGGCUACUCCUACUCGUCCACAACCAGCGGCCGUCUGCCCUACGGCACCAACUACCGGCACUACUCUUACCGUGUCUAG